GCCGGGGAGAGGACGAGAGCGGCGGGCGGGAGGGAGGCUCUGCGGAGGUCUGGAGUUGCACUGUCUCGGCGCCUCCUCUCGCAGGACGUUUCCCUUCCCCAGCCGGGUAGCGGGCAGCGCCGCAGGCACGCUGCUGCCAGCCGGGGAGGCGGACUGCUCCGCCGCGGGCAGCCGGGGAGGGGGUUUCCAGCUCGCCCGCCCCCCCUCCACAUUUAUGUACGUGCGGGCGCGUUUUCGGCUGCGCUGGAAGACGGCUCGGUAGUCUGCUCGGAAGUCUCGGCAGCCUCCUCCAUCGGCCGCGCUGUCAGGAAUAGCGGCGUGAAAGGAAGAAAAGGCCCUGGGGCGCUAUACCCUGCCAACGAGUUCCCUGCGCCAGCCAGAAGGACUCCAGCUACAUGGGCAAACGCCUGGACCAGCAGCCAAUGUACCCCCAGUACACCUAUUACUACCCUCACUAUCUCCAAACCAAGCUACCUGAGGCUGGAGCAGUGCAACACAUGUGGCAUUCUCUUUCUAACUCCAUAUGACUGGGAAACAAGCUGAGUAAAGCUCUGUCUGGUGUGUAUCUAGCAGUCCUAUGCACCAGCUCCCCACCCCAUGGCUCCUCCCAGCCCCAGCACAAACAGCAGCAACAACAGCAGCAACAACAGCAGCGGAGAGCAGUUGAGUAAAACCAACCUGUACAUUCGAGGCCUUCCACCCGGCACCACUGACCAGGACCUCAUCAAGCUGUGCCAGCCGUAUGGAAAAAUUGUGUCCACGAAGGCAAUUCUUGACAAGAACACAAAUCAGUGCAAAGGUUAUGGGUUUGUGGAUUUCGACAGUCCAGCAGCAGCACAGAAAGCAGUGGCAUCUCUCAAAGCAAAUGGCGUGCAGGCACAGAUGGCAAAGCAACAAGAGCAAGAUCCCACAAAUCUAUACAUCUCAAAUUUACCUGUUUCCAUGGAUGAGCAGGAACUGGAGAAUAUGCUGAAACCUUUUGGACAUGUCAUUUCCACCAGAAUAUUAAGAGAUGCUAAUGGAGUCAGCAGAGGAGUUGGCUUUGCCAGAAUGGAGUCCACAGAAAAAUGUGAAGUAGUAAUUCAACAUUUCAAUGGCAAAUACCUGAAAACCCCACCUGGUCUGCCAGAGACUGGAUUUGUCUAUGGUUUGGAAAGCUACCAGAAAAAUGAGGCUGGCAACCAUCAAGUGCUACUGCAGUGCAAGAAAUGGUUGAUUAGGCUACCGUCAGCCCCUACUGAGCCUUUGCUGUGCAAAUUUGCUGAUGGAGGGCAAAAGAAGCGCCAGAAUCAAAGCAAAUACACACAGAAUGGAAGGCCGUGGCCUAGAGAAGGAGAGGCUGGCAUGGCUUUGACUUACGACCCAGCAGCUGCCAUACAGAACGGAUUUUAUUCCUCCCCGUACAGUAUUCCAACCAACCGCAUGAUUCCACAGACAUCAAUCACGCCAUUCAUUGCUGCUUCCCCUGUCUCUACAUAUCAGGUCCAGAGUACUUCAUGGAUGCCUCAUCCACCAUAUGUUAUGCAACCAACAGGUGCUGUGAUAACACCAACAAUGGACCACACUAUGUCAAUGCAGCCAGCAAGCAUGAUGGGCCCUCUGACCCAGCAAAUGAACCACCUUUCCUUGGGCACAACAGGAACGUACAUGACUGCUGCUGCACCUAUGCAAGGGACCUACAUUCCCCAGUACACUCCUGUGCCUCCAACAGCUGUCCCUAUUGAAGGUGUUGUUGCUGAUGCUUCUCCACAGACGGUAGCAUCUUCAUCACAGGAAGCCAGUGGCCAACAGCAACAGAUGGCAGUGGAAACGUCCAGUGAACACGCGCCUGCGUAUUCUUACCAACAGUCUAAACAAUAAACAAGACUGAAGAAUGUCGGUCUGAAAUCUUUGCCUUGAAUGGAGAAACUUCCCUGAACAAGAAGUUGGCUUCCUAUUUGCACAGGCGUCAAAUGAAUGCUUUUGGGUUUUUUUCUUCCCCCCUCUAUCCUUCCCGACGAAAACAAAACAGUAUUUUUAUGUGCUGUGCAAAUGGCUCCCAUCUAGUCUGACCAUUUGGGGUUUGCCUUUUUCUUUUUAUUUUUCUUUUUUAAUUGAAAGGAAAAAAAACCCAAAGGAGAAAUACUGGGUUGACAUUACAGUGGAAUGAACAUUUGGAUUCAGAACUUACCUGGAGGCGUAGCUAGAUUAGUUGUUUGGGUUUUUUUUUUCCAACAGAAAAACUGAUGAUGUCAAGAGGGAGCAAGUUGCAAUGAAAACCAAUUGUCUUCCUCAAAAAUUAAGCUACUCUUUAUAUCUCCUUUUAUUUUUUUUUUCUUCUUUUAAAUCUAGAGUGGGUUUCUUUUUUUGUUUUGUUUUGUUUGUUGUUUGGUUUUUUUGUGUUGGCUUGUUGUUUUUCUUUAAAGAAAUGUUUAGGUAAGGUUUAUCUUGAAUCUUAAUUGCCUUAAUUUUAAGGACGUCAAAGGCUCUCAAGGCAAGCUGUCAACGCCUUGUUAGAAAACCUGAGAAUGAAUUGAAACUGCUCACACCAGUGCUGGUGCAGAAGUUGACUAGACUGAGUUUUUGGGGUGAACAAAAGAAUAAACUGUACAGUUUAAAAGAAAAUGAAUUUCUUCUUUCGAAGAAGAGUUGACGAUAAAUGGAACCGCGGCAACGGGAAGGCUCGGAAAAACGCUGGGACUUUCAUGAACUCCGUCUUGAGUGUUGACAGAAAAGAAUUCUAGAAGGAUAAAGCAUUUUACAGUAAAGUUAUUGAAUUGAGAGGAAAAAAAAUUGCUGCAUUGUAGAGAAUGCGGGGUUUUUUUCUUGCAGAAUGCAGAGUUUUUUAUUUCCGCAGCGUGACCGCUAGCGAAGGCAGUAGUGCUUUUUAUCUGCAGUCUUUUUUAUGAGCUUUAAGAAGUUUUUAGUCUGCUUUGCUUGUCACAUUGCAAAAACCUAGCUUAAGAGCAUUCAAAAAGAAAAAAAAAAAAAAAAGAAAGAAAAAAAACUUAAGUAGAUAGGAGCUUAUGGUCAAAAAAAGUGCAAAAAAAAAAAAAAAAAGCAAUAGAUAGAAGAAAUUGUUGACAAUUUCUGUAGUCUUUCCUAGUUGUGAACAAAUGCAGCCUAUGGAUGGCCUAUUUUAUACCAAAGAUGAAGUGACACCCUAACGCAGUCCAGAAGAUGAGGUUGUUUCCUUUAUUUCUAAUCUUUAUUUGACCUACAUGGCCGGACCAGUUCUUACUUUCUUGUUUGUUUAAACUAUCUUCCACUGGUGUUUUACAUACUGCACGUGUUGAGAGUGGAAAUUGCAGGACAGUUGGUGUUAGACGCCCGCUGAUGGUGUGCUUUGUAGAACAUCCCAAAGCAAGAGGAUUGCCGACUCAUCUGUCUAGGUGGGCUUUAAUUUUGAUGACUUUUUCUGUUCAAUUGCCUGAUCUUUGGUAUUUCUACUGAAACAGUCUUCCUUCUGAAUUCUGACAUGCCGCCAAUUCAUUUCUUCACCUCAGUCUUUGUCGCCGUCCCGCAUGCAGCAUAACCACCUUCAGUCUGCGUUUGUUUCCCAGCGAUGUGUUGGUAUUGCCAGAUAAGGGCAAAAGAAAGCAAAUUUGAUCUUUUUUCUCAUUCUAGCUCUCCCUUGCAAGUUGAAAACGAUGUAGCGUGGUCAUGCAGGCAGGAAGUUAAAAGUUACUCUUCUCUGCUGUGAUUUCUCUUGUCUUAAUAUGUGGACUGACAAUCAGUAACUGAUGUGAUUAGGCAAGAAGAAAAAGAGACUAAAUUAAAAUCCACUGAAAUCCUCUUUAGGAAUUACAGUUAUUUUCCAUAGAGAAUCAGAGAAUCACACAAUGUCAGGGGUUGGAAGGGACCUCCAAAGCUCAUCCAGUCCAACCCCCCUGCCAGAGCAGGAUCACCUAGACCAGAUCACACAGGAACACAUCCAGGGGGAUUUUGAAUAUCUCCAGAGAGGGAAACUCCACAACCCCCCUGGGCAGCCUGUUCCAGUGUUCUGUCACCCACAUCUUUAUUAUGGCCCUUACAUUUUCCAAACACACUUAAAAAGGUGAGAAGCAAGUCAAAAGAUGAUUUUUUUUCCCCUUAAGGAGGCAAGGAAAGCAGCAGCAUUUAAAUAUAUGCAUGCAUCUCUAUGUAAAAAUGAAACCAAACAUUCUGAAAUGUUCCUCCAUCCAGAAGAGGAGGCUUCACCACAGGUCUUGUGAUGCAUCAGGGACAGGGUAUCCAUGCAAAAUAAUUAAACCUAUCUAUUGGAUCAAUCUGAUUCAGCUGCCCAAGUCUAAAAAAGUAAAGAGAUCUGUGUUUCCCUAACCUGACUUUUUUUGGGCAAAAAAAAAAUCCACAAUUAUUUUUUUAAAUGGAUAGAACAAGGUUGUAUUUUUUAACAUAGUUGAGGGGGUAGAGGGCUUCCCAAGUACCUGGCUGCUAGAUAUGCAACACAGAAAAGAGAGAAAUGGGAGUUCAAAUGGUUCUUCACCAUAGGAAGGGGGCCUGAUUCUCCAAAUAGGUGAAACUACUUUAUCCAGAGUAGUUGUUUCUAUUCAGCACUUCUGAAAACCAGAUGAUGCCAAAGUAAAAGAGCAAUGACAUCCACUAGAGGUUUUCUAGUCAGGAAAAUAAAAAAAAGUCUCUAUUUCACCUUCUGUCUCAUUAACUUGUUGCUUUUUGAGAGUGGCACUUGAAUGUUGUCCUUGGAUAAAGGUUCCCUCUUCAUUUGGAGGGCAUGUGAGGAGGAAAAAAUGAUCUAGCCUUAUUUUCCUCCUAUCUAUACGUACUCUCUUUCUGUCUCUCAUGGAAUUCUUUGUACAACUAGAAAUAACCCCAGAUAUAAGUCAGUUAAAUAUGACAUAAACACCUUCGUUUCUCUGUUAGUUCUAAUGUGACACACCAAAAGUCUCAUUUACUAUCAACAAUGAGGCUACAAGGUAGCUACCAUGUGGCUGAUGAAUAUCCUGAGGUACCUUCUUGUUUCUAUUCAGUACUCUGCUGCUUUAUUUAUACAUUCAGAAACAUUUUUCCUUGGGUUUUUCUUUUUCAGCAAAGUUAAACAAUCUCAGUGUUUUUUUAUCAAGCCAGAUAGGCAACAUGAUACCACAAUGCCUGUCACUUUAAAGUGUUUUAAGUGCAUUCUGUAUUAGAAUUGUUCCUUCUUCUAUCCAUUCUGUAAUGGUCAAUACUGUUUGAAAUCAAAAGAAACAAAGCAAAUAAGAAGAGGAAAGUAUAGAGAUCCUUAAAUAUAACUGAUCACCUUAUUGAUCCCCCCCCCCCCAAAAAAAAAGUGACCUAGUACUUGAAAAUCUGAAUUGUAAACAAUGUGAGCCUUAAGUGUAAACUGUUAUAGAUGAUAAGGUGAGAAACAGAAAAUCCUCAGAAAACAGUAACUUCUCCUGUGAAAGUGAAAAAGGAGAUAAAAGGGAAGAGUGGAGGAGGAGCACACUUGCUGCGUGGGCAUCAUCAUAGGUCAGGAAUACUUGGUGGCCUGUGAAAUCUAAACCUCAUUUUCAUUCUGUUCUGGCUAAUAAAAUGUUGUUGGAGGUUUAUUGUUAUUAUCUGCUUAUGUUUCUCUUUUCUGGUUAUUUUUUUUCUCUUUCUUUUUUCUUUAUUUGAAGACCUGCAUUUUUAGAGUCAAUCUCUAAGUCUGUCGUAGCAAUUUAGCUUUAAAUAUCAGGAGGGUUUCUGAAAGGAUGCAGAAACAACUCUAGAAGACUAAGGCAAUGUUGCCUGCCCCAGAGGUCUGGAAGUAGCAUCAAAUCCAUAAGUUGAACUGUGUAUGUACUUUCCAUCACACCUGGGUUCUCGGAAAUAGUCAGAUUUGGAUAACCAGCUUUGGUAUUUUUGCUUUUACAGAAGGGGUGUCAGGAAAAUAUGAACCAUGGCAAGAAAAUUCUGAGUACCUGAGCUUGUCACUUGCCACUGGGGAAAAGAAAAAUUAUGCAAUGGAACUGAAGAGAGUCUGAUAUUUGCAGGUGCUGACCCAAGUGUAGAUCAGGGCAGUGAAAAGUUUCACUGUUUCCAGUGAGGCUGCUGAGGGACUCUUCUUCCUAUCUGGCUCUGCUGCUGGUUUUGUAAGCACUUUUCACCUGUGACAGUUAGGCCUCAAAUUGUGAAUGUCCUCUUAUUGCCUUCCAGUGAAACAGACUCUUCAAAUGUCUUUAGCUUGUGCUUACUUGUACAGUUCUGUUUGCCAGGAGACUGCCUUGGUUGUGUUGCUCAAGAAAUCCACCACUGUGCAGAAUGAGGCAUACCUGAGAGCAGUUGCAUCACAUUGGUACAGUUCUGUUUGCCAGGAGACUGCCUUGGUUGUGUUGCUCAAGAAAUCCACCACUGUGCAGAAUGAGGCAUACCUGAGAGCAGUUGCAUCACAUUGGUACAGUUCUGUUUGCCAGGAGACUGCCUUGGUUGUGUUGCUCAAGAAAUCCACCACUGUGCAGAAUGAGGCAUACCUGAGAGCAGUUGCAUCACAUUGCUAUCAUCUUCUGAUCUGGAUGUAUGCCCAACUGUGGAAAACAAAAGGCUGGUCAUUAGAGAAGCGAGGGCUUAACCUGGCAAUGGGCAAUGGGCUGAAGAAUUCAAAUAGAUUCUGACUCAAGUGAAAAUCAAAUAAAGGGUAUUGUUUAUGUAUGUAUGUGUACCAAAACUCAGCAAAUUUGAGGAAGCCUGCAUUGCAAUAAAGUUUAUUUUUAAUAUAUCCUAGUAUUUGGAUCUAUAUUAUGUUGUUUAUGGUACUGAAGGAUGAGACUGAUACUAUGUGUUUAAGAAGUUGCUAUGUUUCAUGAUUUUAAGCUUGAUGGUGCUCCUCAUGCCACUUCAUACAAGGUUGGCAUGAGCAAGACAGGUUUAGACAGACUCACUGAGCUCCACCUAUAGCAAGAGUCAUGUUAAAGAGUGAUAAUAUGCUUAAAGUAAUGAAUGCACCCUUUUUUAGUGAUGUGCCCAAGUGUGGUCGUUGAAGAUAGCAAUGUUCAAUACACACAUGGUCAACAUUUCCAUUUAAAACUUUUAGCAUGGAAUUGGUCAGGAUAUAAAAGAAGUGCCCUAGUGAAAGCAAUUUUCCUAGUCCCUCUUGGUAGACCAUGUGUCCUAAGAAAGCAGUCAUGGUGUGAUGGAAAUGCCAAAGAGAGAACAACAGAAAUGGGCAAUUAGUCUUUUCUAGGUAAAGACAAACGACUCUCAUAAAGAAGCUUUCUUUCAUUUCAUUGCUGAUACCCACAAUCCUGCACCCACUCUUUGUCAGAAGGAGGGCUGAGUGAGCAGCAGAUUUCUCCUCUCUCUCAGUGAAGCAGAUUUCUAGAACCUCAGCAAGCAGCAAAGAUGCAGUGUAAGGAGUUCUUUUCCCACCCAGAAAAGCAGCACCAACUUUUGCUCCCAUCACCCAAGUGGGCUAGAGCGCUCCUUGCACCCUGGAGAUGUAUUCACCUUUGUGCCUCGAAGCAGGCAGAAGAGAUCCUUUCUCUCCCUUUUGUUAACAUGUUCUUUGUUAAACAGAAAAUUAUGAGAGAAAGGCUGGGGAAAAAAUUGCCAGUGUUGGUUUAUCUUCUCAUGAUAAGAAGAAUUCCUGUGUUUAGUUCAGUUGUUGGUUUCCCAACAGUUACAGCUGAGUUUUUUCUCCAUAAAAAAUGUGUAAUGAAGUGAAAAAUGUCAGCCUCAGAAAGGGUCAGAAAUCCAUUUUCCCUUGUAGGGCAAAGCCUGCAAAGUGUAAGCACCUUCAGAGAUCUAGAUCUGUUAUCCUUAAGAGAGUAUCUGUCCGACAUUCAUUUGCUGCCUUUAAGUGUCUUUCUCUUGGAUAACAGUUUUAUUCAUUUGGUGAAAUUUACAGUUCUAUUUUUAAAAGCCAAAAAAAAAAUGCAGCCUAAAGAGAAGAUGAAGUUUAUGUAACUAAAGGAGUAUUAAAUAUGCUGGAUUCCAGCAUGGAAGAAAAUUCUACUGUCUUUUGGAGGCAAAGCAAUCUUGUGUAAACCCAAGAAGCAUACAGAAUUCAUAUAGGAAUUGUUAGCAGUUUUCCUUUUUAGAGAAGGGCAGAGUCUGUCUAAGAAAAAUCAAAGCAGAUUUGGAAGCAGAUGAACUUCCUACCAAGAGAACAUGCAUCACACAAAUGGGACAGAGGUUCCUCGUAGCCCUUACAGACCUCACUGUAGCCAAAAUGUCAAAUACAGAACCUCUGUCACACAUUAAACCAUGGACCUUAUUUAUAUGGACAUCUGUGUGCUGAUGUCUGGGAAUGUCUUUGAAAGAUCUGUACUGCUAUGAUUUUUUUUGGGUUUCAUUUUCCAUUUGUACCACAAUCCUCAAUAGCUGCCAUUUUCCCACUCCUGGGGCUUUCUGUAGAUCAGUGGAUGUUAGGUUUAAACUUCUGUUUUCUUUGAUGAAGCUUUCAAUAAAAAAAUAAAGAAAA